AUGCAGUUGGGCUUCCCUCACCCGCCGGCCCGCCUUCCAACCCCCGGCCCACGCAGCCUAAGUGCUUCCCCGCACAUCCAGCAAUACCUACCUCCGACCGCAACUAUUGCAGUUGGUGUUUGCCCUUCGCAUCGCCCGCCUUCCACCCCCGCCACAUGCAGGGUCUGGCUUCCCCUCACCCCCGUUCAACCUUCCAGAACCCCCGCCCACGCUAGUCUGUUCCCCUCGACCCCGCCCGUCCUUCCACCCCCGCCACCAGUCUGGCUUACCCCUCACGCCCACCCGCGCUUCACCCCCCCGCCACGGGCAGAGGUGACUGGUGGGAAAGCGCAAGACAGAUCGUCCCGAUUCAAGCCCCGACCCGCCUUCCACCUCCCGCAGGAGCCGACGCAGUGUCAUGGCUUCCCUCGCCAGCCGGCCCGAACCUUCCACACGGCCUGCCCCACACGGAACGGAAGCGGGUGUCUUGAGACUUCCUCACCCCCGCCCGGCCUUCCACGCGCCCGGCGGCGGCCCAUGUUUCAGUCUUGCUUUCCCCUCAGCCAGCCGGUCGCCGGCCUCCACCCCCGCGCCAUGCAUCUGGCUUCCCCUCAACGCCGAGCCUUCCUGGUGGCCUUCUCCACCCCUGCCAUGGCAUUUGGGCUAUCCCCUGGGACCCCCCCCGUCCACUUCCACGCGCCGCUCUUCACGCAGUCUGGCUUCCCCUCACCCCACCCGCCUUUCACACCCCGCGCCCAUGGCAGUCUGGCUUCCCCUCACCCGCCGCCUUCCACCCCGACCACGCAGUCUGGCUUCUCCCCCGCCUAUGCAGCUUCCCUACCCGCCGCCCAGUCGAGGUCUGGCUUCCGCCUCGACCCAACACCAAGGAUAGAGAGGCCAUGUGGGAGACAAUCUGGCUUCCCCUUCCACCCGUUGCCAACGGCCAUGCCCUUCACCCAUGCGCCAUGCAGAAUUGGCUUCCCCCUCGAACACCGAGGCGGAGGAAGGAUCCUGACGGCCGGCGGAACCAUGCCAGUCUGGGAACUUCCCCUGCACCGCCGAGCCAUCCAGUUGCAGGAUCUUGCUUCCCCUUCACCGGACGCGGACCGCCUUCACCCACCGGCCCACUGCCCAGUCUGGUCUUCGCCCCUCCACCCGCCCAGCCACCGCCGUCGCGCCUUUCCACCCCCGCCCACGCAGCCUAGUCUUCCCCGCACACUCCAGCAUACCUACCUCCGCUCCGCCUCAUGCAAGUACGUGGCUUCCCUCACCACCGCCUGCUUCACACACCCCGCCCAUGCAGUCCUGGCUUCCACUCACACCCGUCAUCACACCCUUCACCCCGCCCACGCAGUCGUGGCUUCCCCUCAACCCGCCACGGCCUGUCCACCCCCGGCACCAUGCAGUCCGGCUUCCCGGUCACCCGCCCCCCCACCUUCGCACCCCGCCCCACCACUUCAGCUGGGCCUUCACCCUCACCAACAGAUCGCCCACACGGACCUAUGCAGUCUGGGCUUACCACCGCUCACCACCGGCCGCCGCCUUCCACCCACCGCCCACGCGGUUGGCUUCCCGUACAGCCCCAGAGCGAGGGCCGGAACCUUUCCACCCCGGAGGCGACCGCCCAUGCAGAGUCUGGCUUCCCUACCGACGCCCCCCGGCACAUAUGCAGUUCUGGGCGUCUGUCCCUCACCCCGCGGGCCGCCAUUGAUUGAUGGAUUCCACCCCCGAAACCCACGCAGAUCUGGCUUCCCUCUCACCCCGACGGUCCGCCUAGUUCCAACCCCGCCCCGCACCAUGCAGUCUGCUUCCCCUCGCCCCGCCCAUGCAGUUCUGGCUUCCCGCCUUCCACCCCCGCCCAUGCAGUCUGGCUUCCCCUCGCCCGCCAACGCAUGCUGCUCCUGUAUUGUUGAUAUGUUUAGGAUAAUGAAGGCUGAUGGUGACCCUUACCUUCUGUCCCAUUGA